AUGACGCAGUGCUGGCUUUUGCCCGCCGUAGUUCGCUUCAAAAGAUUUUUAAAUCAUGAUAUUUUACUAUUGGAGAAUCAGAUUCCAUUUUUCAUUGUCAAGGCAUUGUAUGGGCCAAAUCGGGCCUCAAUAUCUUCACAAAUUCCUCAGUUUGGACAGAAGUAUUUUAAGCUUGGUUAUUAUCUUGAUGAUAAUGCGCGAAGAUUUUCAUCUGACCAAGGGGAGAAGUACUUACAAACUGGAGAGGAACUCAAUCGCUGGCGCCGAGCAGCACAAUAUCUUGAAGCUGGAGUAAAAUUUAAGAGAAGGGAGUACGAUAGAUUAGAACCACAUUCUUUACUUGAUGUGAAGUUCAGGAAUGGUGCAAUGGAGAUGCCUUGCAUUGUUAUUGAUGAAUCCACUGCCAGCCUUUUCAGGAACCUUAUUGCAUUUGAGCAGACAUGUCCCGAAUUUGGGGAUGACUUCACUGCCUAUAUUGUUUUCUUGUCUCAGUUAGUUAGCAUGCCUGAAGAUGUUACACAACUCGCGAAGAGAGAAAUAAUUGUGCAUCAUCUAGAUAGUGACUUACAAGUGUCAGAUCUGUUCACUAUGCUCAGUAAAGAUGUGGUAUUUGAUUUUAAUGGCACAUAUUAUUUAAAGUCUCUUUGUCAGAUAUUGGAGGUUCAUUAUCAGAAUCGUCUAAAUCGGUGGAUGGCUUGGCUCUGGACGAAUCAUUUCAGGAACCCAUGGUUGGGCUUAGCUGCAGCAGGAACGAUUGUUGUACUUGUCUGCACUGUUUUGCAGACAAUAUACGGCAUAUUGGCAUACAUUAAUCCACCGUAG